UUUUUUAUGUUCAAUGAGUACAAAGAUAGAACAAUACUUGUGUCGACUUGUGUCACUAAAUGAAAAGCACCCACUAUGGCCAAGGCCUGUAAAUGAAGGACGGAAGGGGAAGAAAGGUCGAUCUUUGAUGAGCGCCAUUUUGGGGCUAUGAUGUAUGUGUGAGUGUGUGUUGUACGAGAAAUGUGAGCAUUGAGCAGCUGAGCAGUAGUCAAGGUGUAAGAUAGAAUUGAUGUAUCGUAUUAAAAAAUAUAUGUAAUAAUGCCAAGUUGUAGUGCGAAAAAUUGUCGCAAUCGUACAGAACAAGGAUUUCGUCUAUUUAGAUUUCCUGCUGACGAAAAACGUAAACAAAUUUGGAUUAAACAGUGUGUUAAAUAUCCAAAAGAAUAUUCGAGGUUAUGUGAGUUUCAUUUUGAUGAUUCUCAAUUUGAAAAUAAACGACAGGAUGGACGACGUAAAUUAAAACCCAAUGCCAUUCCUACAAUUUUUAUAAAUGAAAAAAAUAUUAAUGAAGUUUUACAAGAUAAAACUAAAGUUUUACAAGAAGAAACUGAAUCUUCUAUAGGUGUUUUGUCUAAAGAAAAUAUAAUUGAUCAAAAAAAUAUUCAGCAUUAUAAUCAAUCUGUGCCCAUAGAUACAGAAACUCAAACUGAAGUAUAUAACAAUGUUGCAUUUAAUACUAUACAAUUUUCUGAUAAAGAUGGAACAAUCAGACAAGCUAAUGAAAUUAAAUAUUUAAAAAAGAAAUUAGUUGAAACAAUAAAAAAAAAUAAUGAACUUACAUUAAAAUUUAAAAGAGAAAAACUGUUAAGACUAAAACACGACAAAGCACACAAAAAUUUAAAAAAAUAUAUGCAGUAUUAUUUAAAAAACAUAGAAAUACCAUUUUUGAAAGAAUUUAAAUUAGGGUUAACCAAUCAACGAGCAAAUUGGUCUCCACAAUGCUUGAAACUGGCUAUGCAAAUAAGGUAUACUGUUGGAUGGAAAGCAUAUUUAUUUUUAAAGAAAAAUUUAAAAUUACCGUUGCCAUCCUAUUCCACUUUAUGUAGGCUGCGGUUGACUUGAUGCUACAAAUACUUUGACUAAUCGAAACAAAAAAUUUUACGAAUUGACCAAUCAAAGAAUACUUUGAAGCAUUCGUAGUGGCAACUCGACCGCAUCCGUAGACACAUCGUUCAACUAGAUUUCAGCCCUGGCGUACUAAAAGAUGUGAAUUUCUUAAUAAAAAAACAUAUCUUCAUACCAAUCAGACUGUAUACUUUUAAUGAACGAAAUGGAUAUUUGCAAAACAUUGGAAUAUGAUGUUAGCAUACAAGCAAUACAAAGCAUUAAAUAAAUGUACAUUUAAAAUAUGUACAUUAAAUAAAUGUAUAUUGUAAGGGUUAAUAUGACAAAUGUAUAGCAAAUUGGGAAACAGCCAAUGAUGAACAUCAUAAAAAGAAUGAGUUAUGAUUUGUGAAAACAACUUUUAUUUAUAAAAUAAGUGGAACAAGUGAUGUAUUAAUUAAAUUUUAAUAAAAUCACUCUAAACUGA